UUUGUGUGUAUUAUUUCAUUUCAGUAUGGCUACGGAUUGUUGUGGAAGAGGACAAGUCUUUCGAAAGUUUACCCAGUUCAACGGAAUAAUUCUGUAAAAAAAAAAAAAAAUAUAUAUAUAUAUUCACAUCUUGUGCCAUCGAUAAGUUGUGGUUUAAACUUGGAAAUCUUCAGAAGAUUAGCAACUGGAUUGAGGAUGCUAGCCGAAACUCGUCACGGUUUUUCCGUGUCUGUUCUGUCAGCUAGCUAACUAGCUAACUAGCUAGCAAGGCUAUCCAUCCUAGCUAACACUUUGCGACUCGGCUAACGUUUGCUUUGAAGAGGGGCCCACUUUACUAGCUAACGUUAGUUGUGUUUUAGUUGCUUGUCUCAAAUUGACUAUUUUACCUGAAGUAGCGUUAUUCAAGAGUUGGUUGAGCACCAGUCGACAAUUCACCCGAAGAGGCCGCUCCGGUUGAAUUACAAGUUGUUAGCACGUUAGCAUAGUUAGCUAGCUAGCGUUCUUUUUUUUUUUUUUUUGAAUUUUUAUAGUUAUAUCUGGGUAGUUGCCAACAAACAGCCAAACUGCAGGGUUUUUGUAUUGGGUACAUCAACCUCUACAUCCCGCUGCAAUACCCAUUUUAGAUCUAAGGGUUGUCUUUGCAGCAGUUUGGAACAUUUGGCUUCGAGAUUAUAAAGAUUUGUUUCUGUUCAGGGCCCUGAAACUCAAUAUUAGCUUGCUAGUCUGCCUGAGUUGGGAGUGGCUAGAGGUUUGCAUUAGCUGCUUAGCGAGCUAGCUAACAAACAAGGUCAGAUGUUCUUAUAUCGCACCCGUCUAUAGUGCGUAGGAUAAACAAAACGUAAUGACACAAACUCUAUAGUUAAAAUACAAACUCUAUAGAAAAAGAACGUAUUAAUGACCUGUUAAACCACGGUCAGAUUGACAGCGGGUGUGUUUCAAUAGCCGUAUCAUCAUCAUUCAGGCGCAGGGAUAGGAAACUCCGCACUGGUCAAAUAGUUUGUAUAAACUACCAAUCUGGAUUUAUCCGUUGCUGGGCUAAAGAUAUUGGGUGCCACACUAGCCUGCUCAAUAUAGCUUCUUUCCCUGUACGUUUUGAUGGACGUGAUUAGAUAUUUUCUAGACGGCUACUGUUACUAUCGUCAUGCAAUUCUGGCUAGUCAGAAUUCUGACCUGUACAUAGCCGUGUUGAAUAACAUUCAGUGGACGUAAUGUAGCUCUGUAGAAAGAUAGUCCAAAACCCUUUUUUAUUUUUUAUUUUUUACUCGUUAGAUUUACAAGAGUAUUGGUUACGUUUCUCGUUGGGGAAAAAAAACGUCAAAAUGAAUAUAAUGUUUGAUAGCUAGUUAGUGCUUAACUCAAAAUAGAAUAGCCAGCCAGCCAGCGGGAAUAGCUAGGCUAAAUUGAAUUAACAGCCGAUGAUUGAAGACUUAGGGACGUUGUCAUUCUGGAUCAAGAAACCUUGUCUUUAGUCUCCGGUUGGAGUAACACUCCUAAGCCAUCAUCAAUGCCUUCAGCGCUGGCCGUUUUCUCCUGCCGUCCGAAUUCACACCCUUUUCAGGAACGUCAUGUCUACCUGGACGAGCCAGUCAAGAUCGGGCGCUCUGUGGCACGAUGCCGACCCGCUCAGAACAAUGCUACGUUCGACUGCAAGGUUCUAUCAAGGAACCAUGCUCUUCUCUGGUUCGAUCACAAGACUGGCAAGUUCUACCUCCAGGACACUAAAAGCAGUAACGGGACGUUCAUCAACAGCCAGCGUCUGAGCCGGGGGUCCGAGGAGAGCCCCCCCUGCGAGGUCCUCUCUGGUGACACCAUCCAGUUUGGGGUUGACGUCACGGAGAACACGCGCAAAGUCACUCAUGGCUGCAUAGUGUCUACAAUCAAGCUGUUUCUACCUGACGGCAUGGAGGCUCGACGACGAUCAGAUGUCAUCCAAGCACCUUUACCACUUCCUGUUGAUAAGGUUGCGGCCAACACCCCCAGUAUGUACUCUCAGGAACUCUUCCAGCUCUCCCAGUAUCUGCAGGAGGCCCUACACAGGGAGCAGAUGUUGGAACAGAAGUUGGCAACGCUGCAACGCCUACUGGCCACCACGCAGGAGGCUUCAGAGAGCAGCUGGCAGGCGUUGAUAGAUGAGGACCGGCUUCUCUCCAGACUAGAGGUGAUGGGCAACCAGCUGCAGUCCUACUCUAAAAACCAAACCCAGGAUGGGAUGCGCAACGAGCUGGUAGCCCUGCAGGAAGACAAACACAACUAUGAGACCACGGCCAAAGAGUCCCUGAGGAAGGUCCUACAAGAGAAGAUAGAGGUGGUCAGGAAGCUAUCAGAGGUCGAGAGAUCUCUGAGUGUGUGUGUGUGUGUGUUGUCAUUACAGAGAUCUCUGAGUGUGUGUGUGUGUGUGUUGUCAUUACAGAGAUCUCUGAGUGUGUGUGUGUGUGUGUUGUCAUUACAGAGAUCUCUGAGUGUGUGUGUGUGUGUGUUGUCAUUACAGAGAUCUCUGAGUAACACGGAGGAUGAGUGCACCCAUCUGAAGGAGAUGAACGAGAGGAACCAGGAGGAGCUCAGAGAACUGGCUAAUAAAUACAACGGGGCCGUCAACGAGAUCAAGGACCUCACUGACAAGAUAAAGCUGGCGGAGGGUCGUCAGGAGGAGUUGACUCAGAAGGGUCAGCUGGAGAAGAAGGAACUCCAGCUCUGUAUUGAUGAGCUGGAGGAGAAGGAGCAGGCUCUGCAGGCCCGUAUCGAGGCCUUACAGGCUGAUAACGACUUCACUAACGAACGUCUCACCGCCCUGCAAGUUCGGUUAGAACAGCUGCAGGAGAAAAGCAUAAAGGACAACAACAGUUUAGGAGAUCCACCAGGAGGAAAUGACAUAGACAUUGACAUGGACCUGAACCAACCGGAAGCCGUGAAACAGUUGAAAGAAGCAGUGGGCUCGUCGUUGCACAAGCUGGCCAACUUCGACGAGGUCAUAGAUGCCCACCUGCAGAACAACCAGACAGCAGAAGGAGACAGCCUUACCAGUCCUGACAGACUCAAAGUAGAAAACCUUCUGGAUGCUAAGGAGUCGGACAUGUCAGAUACACUAAGCCCCAGCAAAGAUCGCAGCAGUGACGACACGUCAGACGGAAACAUGGAUGAUCAUGAGCUGAACGAGCCACAGAACAGGGUCGCCCUGCUCAAAGACGAGCUCAGUCGGGCCAACCUGGAGCCCGGGGACAAAGAGCAGGUGAUUAACCACCUCCACAGAGCUCUGCUGGAGGCCCAGGAGUUGGCCAACACAGGCAAGCAGAAGUGUCUGGAGCUCCAGGCCUUACUGGAAGAGGAGAGGAGGAGCAACAGGCAGCAGACUGAGGAGUCAGCCAAGCAGAUCCACUACCUACAGAGUCAGUUGGGGAAGCUAGCGGUAGACAUGGAGGAGCUGAAGGAGCGAAGAGAGAGCAGCAUCAGCAGCACACAAGAGGAGCUGUACUCGGCUCAGGAGGAGGUGCUCGUUCUCCACCACGCCAUGGAGGCCGCCACGGCCGAGAGGGAGCGAGACAUCGCCGCCCUGCAGAGGGACCUGGGAGGUGUCACGGCCGAGCUGGAGAAGUGGCGUCAGGCUGCGUCCAAAUACGAACAGGAGAUCAACUCCCUGCAGGCCACCUUCCAACAGCAGAGCCUGCACCAGCAGAGAGCCCUCGAGCUACAAGGGGAGUUGGAGCGUCUUCAGAAGGGCUGUUCCAGUCUGCAGCAGGAGUGUGAGUGUCUCCGUUCUGAGAAGACUAACCUGGUGGACAGACUACACAAUCUGGAGACUGACCUGGACAGUUCCAGGGAGCAGACUGCCAGUCUGAACAGAAGUCUUCAGUUACUGGAGAAGUCCCAGGGAGAGAUGCAGUGUAGACUGGGUUCACUGCAGGACCAACACCUCCUGGACGCUAACGUACUGCAGACACAGCUGGCCCAGGCUGCUAGCUGGACACAGAGCCUGCAGAAAGAGUAUGAGGACACCCAGACGUUGCUGUGUGACCUGCGGCAGCGUUAUGAGAGGACCGAGCAGGAGAAGCGCUCCAUCAACGAGGAGCUGGAACAGUGUAAAUUCAACCUCAAACUGUUGCAGGACAAGGGCAAGAAUCCAUCCAUAUUGCAGCCUGUCCAAGCCAUUUUCAUCGGCCUUAUCCUGGCCUUGCUGUAUUGGUGCUUCAGCCAGUUGUGGUAGAAAGAUUGGUUGGAGCCCCUGGAUACCAGUGGUAGCAGUGAUGGUAGCUGUGACAGCAGUGGUACUUUACCACAACUCCAAGAGCACCUCGAACUGAGGAGGCAGCGACCUAUAUAACCACACCUCCUGUACCACCUCUACCUGUCUACCUGCCCUGGCCUCCACCCCUCCCUCCUGUACCACCUCUACCUGCCCUGGCCUCCACUCCUCCCUCCUGUACCACCUCUACCUGCCCUGGCCUCCACUCCUCCCUCCUGUACCACCUCUACCUGUCUACCUGCCUUGGCCUCCGCUCCUCCCUCCUGUACCACCUCUACCUGUCUACCUGCCCUGGCCUCCGCUCCUCCCUCCUGUACCACCUCUACCUGCCCUGGCCUCCGCUCCUCCCUCCUGUACCACCUCUACCUGUCUACCUGCCCUGGCCUCCGCUCCUCCCUCCUGUACCACCUCUACCUGUCUACCUUCCCUGGCCUCCGCUCCUCCCUCCACAUCCCAACCUUCCUGCCCACCUUGCCCUCCCUCAACGCCCCAACCUCCCGCCCAUUAUAGCCUCCUGAUCGAUCCUCCAGGGCUGCUAUCCUCCCUUUGUCUCCUUGAUUGAUAGAUGUAUUAAUUCAUUAAUUGAUUACCUCCCAUCUGGUCUAGUAGUUUCCCCCACAUAAAGGCUCUGCUUUAAACUGUACAAAGUCAAACUGUGUAUAUAUAUAUAUAUAUAUAUACAGAGAGAGAGAGAGAGAGAGAGGAUGAAUACAAUUAGUCAUUUCUACCAUAGAUUACAUAUUAUAUCAGCAGUUAUUGUUUUCUGUUGUUAAUCAGUUGGAUGAUGGGAAUAUUGGUCAUUGUAUUAUUAUUAUUGAAGUGACCGAAGCUAGGCUUUGGUUUAGUUUCUCUGAUGGGUACAAACCCUGUCUUUAUGUUCUCUGGGUUCCAGGUUGUCUUAGAGGAGUUUGACUUCCUGUGUGGUUGUGUUUUUUUUAACCAUGUUGAGUUAUUAUUAAUGUGCUAUUACAAAUAUGGGGUUUAAUAUUGAAGCCAAAUCAUCGAUGUGAUUUAUUUUGUUAGGUUACAUCCCUAAUGGUCGAACCCUAUCCCUCUGUAUGUUGCCCUGGGCAAAGGUACUGCACUAUAUAGGGAAUUAGGGUGCUGUUUGGAAACGUCCACCUUCAUGAGGCAGAAGGGGGUUGUUAAAGUGCCUAUUGAAACUUAACAGAGGAAGUCAGAUUUAACUUUCUAGAAGCCAUUUCUAAACAACUAAGUUAUUAAAAACCCAUCUGGUGUGUGUGUGUAGGUAACUGGGUUUUUAUCGACAUGUAUCUCUGCUGAUCUAUUCCGGCUUGUUUUAUCUAUGUAUUGUAAAAAAAAAAUAUAUAUAUAUAUAACUAUGGACAAAAUAUUCAUCAUGUUUAAAACAACACUACAGAACAUAGACUUGUUAUCUGGAUGUGAUACUAGAUGAGUGUUUUUGUUAUGUUGACAUUUAACACACUUUAUUUGGUCUCUUGUUUUAGCCACAAGACAUUAUGGGCACAAAGCCAAAUCCCUUUUUCAGUUGAUCACGUGUUAAAGGCUGUAGUGGACUGGACCAGUCUGUCUCUAACUUUUAGCCUGUUAACUCUGGGUUCUUGGCCCAUGUGUAGAUUGUAACCUACCCAGGGCAAACUCCGAACCUUAUACGAUAUGACGUGAUUAAUCUGUUGUAAAAAAAAAAAUUAAAGUUUAAUAUCGGCAGAUGAUGGGACCAGAGUUUUUACAUCAGGUCAAAUGGGUUAAAAAAAAAAAAAAACUCCUGGCCUUGGAGUAUAAAAAUCUGUCAAAUUGUAGCAACCUGGUAAUUGUUUGUAUGAAUUAUAUUUUAAAGAAGUGCGUGGGUCCUACUGUAUACACAGAGAAGGAAACAUGAUUGGACAAUAAAACUGAUAGGGCUGAGCUCGCUGUAUGCAGGUUUUGCAUCGUUGUGGUCUUUCCCUAUGCAACUGUAGGCCUAAUGGGGAAAAAAAAUAAUGUACCUCAGUCUUGUCAGCUAUUGUAGUUAUUGAUUCAUUCCAGUCUAGCUAGGUAGCCUCGUCAGCCCAAGUUUGAAUGUAAACCGAAUUUGAUCCCAUUUCACAUUUUCUCACAAACAAAAUGAGCUAUAAAUAACAGGACUUUACUCUGCUUCAUUUACCCGUGGCCAGAGGGGACCGGGUACGGUAGGCUCGACUGCAGCUGUCGAGGAAACAACAGUUGAUCGGACUGAGAGAGGUAAUGUCAGAUUGCGGAUGUUUAGGUGUAUUAGGCUGCUACAUUUAUGGAAGAGUUUUUUUUUUUUGCUUGUGUCUGUCGAGAGUGAUGUGUUUGUUAUCAUGCUUGCUAAAUAAAUACUGGAGGAAAGUGGAAAGCAUACAUUGA